AAAAAACUUCAUCAAAAAAGGCCAGUCGACUCCGCAGGCCCCUUCCUUCCUUCCCUUCCUCCCCCCUCAACCCACGAACAACCUCUUAUCCUCAAGAAACCCUUCACGGUCGCGCGAGCUUCAGAUUCCCUACGUACGACUUCACCAUCGUACAUGUGUUCUGUUCUCGUCUUUCCCAAUCAGAAAAACUCCACAAAAAAAAUUUGAAAACUCCCGCAAAAAAGACCAAAUCCCAGCCAACCCAAACCAAAAAGAAAAAGAAAAAAACUACAAAAUCACAACAAAAACCUCAUCCCCUCCCUCCUUCUCUUCAAACAAGUCAAGACGCGGAACUUGUCGUCUUCUUCUUUGAUCAGAUCAAGCCCUUGCGACCUGCCAAUACCGAAUCCGACAGAUUCCAGCAUCACGCGGUCCUCCUUUGACCUCCCUGGUUUGCUUUGUCUGCAGUCAAGCACACCGUCUGGUCAACCUGGUCCACUCGUCGUCGCCGCACGAUCCCAUCGCAUCAAGACCCAUACUUAGUGUCGUCAAGCGCACCUUUCAUCCUUCGAAAUGGCCGCCCCUGCUUCCACCGCCGCUGUUGACCAGCUCGCUGCUGAUCUCGGCAACACCAGCCUCAACGGCUCCGACAAGAACCCUGCCAACAUCAACACCGCCGUGAACCCCACCGAGGGUGCUGAGGAUGGCGCCCAGCCUACCCCCAACUCCGCCGCCCCUGGCAACCAUGCCUCGUCUGCCUCCCUCUACGUUGGCGAGCUGGACCCCACCGUCACCGAGGCCAUGCUCUUCGAGCUCUUCUCCCAGAUCGGCCCCGUCGCCUCCAUCCGUGUUUGCCGUGAUGCCGUCACCCGCCGCUCUCUCGGGUACGCCUACGUCAACUACAACACCACCGUCGAUGGCGAGAAGGCUCUUGAGGAGCUGAACUACACCAUCAUCAAGGGCCGCCCCUGCCGCAUCAUGUGGUCCCAGCGUGACCCUGCCCUGCGCAAGACCGGCGCCGGCAACGUCUUCAUCAAGAACCUCGAUGUCGCCAUCGACAACAAGGCUCUGCACGACACCUUUGCUGCCUUUGGCAACAUCCUGAGCUGCAAGGUCGCCCAGGACGAGCACGGCAACUCCAAGGGCUACGGUUUUGUCCACUACGAGACCGACGAGGCAGCCUCCCAGGCCAUCAAGCACGUUAACGGCAUGCUGCUCAACGAGAAGAAGGUCUACGUCGGCCACCACAUCCCCAAGAAGGACCGCCAGAGCAAGUUCGAGGAGAUGAAGGCCAACUUCACAAACGUCUACGUCAAGAACAUCCAGACCGACUGCUCCGACGAGGAGUUCCGCGACCUCUUCACCAAGUACGGCGACAUCACCUCGGCUUCUCUUGCCCGCGACCAGGAGACCGGCAAGAACCGCGGCUUCGGUUUCGUCAACUUCACCACCCACGAGGCUGCCUACAAGGCCGUCGAGGAGCUGAACGGCAAGGACUUCAAGGGCCAGGACCUCUACGUCGGACGUGCUCAGAAGAAGCACGAGCGUGAGGAGGAGCUCCGCAAGUCCUACGAGGCUGCCCGCAUGGAGAAGGCCAGCAAGUACCAGGGCGUUAACCUGUACGUCAAGAACCUGAGCGACGAUGUCGACGACGAGAAGCUCCGUUCCAUCUUCUCCGAGUUCGGGCCCAUCACAUCCGCCAAGGUCAUGCGUGACGCGAUCGAGGCCGGCGAGGAGCAGGAGGACACCGAGGGCAAGGACAAGGAGAACAAGAAAGAGACCGAGGAGACCUCUGGCGACGACGAGUCCGGCGAGAAGAAGUCGGACAAGAAGUCAGACAAGAAGUUCGGCAAGAGCAAGGGCUUCGGUUUCGUCUGCUUCAGCAACCCUGACGAUGCCACCAAGGCCGUCGCCGACAUGAACCAGCGCAUGAUUGACGGCAAGCCCCUCUACGUCGCUCUGGCCCAGCGCAAGGACGUUCGCAAGUCCCAGCUUGAGGCUAGCAUCCAGGCUCGGAACCAGAUCAGAAUGCAGCAGGCUGCCGCCGGCAUGCCUGGCCACUUCAUGCAGCCACCAGUCUUCUACGCUCCCGGCCAGCAGGGCGGUUUCCCCGGCGCCGGCGGCCGUGGCAUCCCUUACCAGCUCGGCAUGCCCAUGCCUGGUGCUCAGGGUGGUCGUCAAGGCCAGUUCCCCAACGCUUUCCCCGGCCAGCCUGGCGGUGGUCGCGGAGGCAUCCCCCCUCAGCAGAUCCCCCCCAACAUGUACGGGAUGCCUGGAAACUUCCCUCCUGCCGGCUACAACCAGCCCAACAACCCUCAGUUCAUCCAGGCCCUGCAGCAGGUCCAGCACCAGGCUGCUGCUCUCGCCGGUGGCCGCGGCGUUCAGCCCGGUCGCGGCCCAAUCCAAGGUAUGGGAGGCAUCUCUGGUAACAUCCAAGGCGCUCCUGGCCGCGGCAACAUGGGCCGACAAGGCCUCCCCCAGGGCGGUCGUGGCGCCCCACCACCACAGAUGGGCCCCUCAGCUGACCUGAGUGCCACUGCACUGCUUUCGGCUCAGGUCGCUGCUGCGCCUCCACCUCAGCAGAAGCAGAUCCUGGGCGAGGCCAUCUUCCCCAAGAUCUCCGCUAUCCAGCCUACCCUGGCCGGCAAGAUCACUGGUAUGCUUCUGGAGAUGGACAACCAGGAACUCAUCAACCUCACCGAGGAUGAGAACGCCUUGCGUGCCAAGGUUGACGAGGCCAUGAACGUUUACGACGAGUACGUCAAGAACCAGGGCGACGAUGGCGAGAAGGAAGAGAAGGCGGAGCCCAAGGCCUAGAGGGUCUAGACACUCGCCAAACUUUGAAACGGCCAUCGCAAGCGCUUCUCGAUAUGAUACCCUUGAUUACUUAUCUUUCUCGAUGACCCGCACGACUCUCUACGGUUUUGACAGCACACUUCGUGCUGUUUCAGUUGGCUCUCAUGGGAGAGCCCAAUCUGACGACGAGACUCAACGACCGAGGAAUUUCGGCAUCUUCUAGUUUGGUAUCUCUGGUCGUUCUGAGGCGGCGCUGUCAAAGCAUUCUUCGUGGACCAUCUCAAUGUGUCCCACAGCGCUCGGAGGAUGUACCCUGGUUCUUGUUACACGGUUCAAGCACCCACGCUUCUACCAUGCAUUGUUGAACGAUUUUCUUUUUCUCUUUUCUUUACUCCCAAGGGACGGUGAACCCACGGCUUGGACGAUUAAGGAUGGACCCCCCGCGUACACGAUCUUCUCGGAACGGUCUUCCUCCUUCUCGGCGGUUUUCUACUGGCUGGCGUUAAUAGGUUUCCUUUCCGGUUGCUGCUCGUGUUUUUUGCCCAUGAAAGGGGGCCGCCAUGCUCGGAACCAUUUUCUUUCACCCGAGCCGGGCCGAGCUUUGAGAUCAAACAAUACCCCCGUCGUCACCUGCCGGAAUUGAGGCUUGUGCGACUUUACGUCCAUUUAUCGAGAGGGAGAAAAGGGAACAUGGAAGGGAUGGGAAGCGAUGAGGAGAAGGAGGAUGAACGGGAUUGGGGGGUGGGUAUGAGGAUUAUGAUGAUAUUGAUUAUUUGCUGCCUCUUUUUCAUUUUCAUUUUCAUGAUGAGAUGACUAUGGAUGGAUGGCGAUUGAUGAUCGGUAGAGUUAGGUACUAUUAUGGACCCCCGGAAAAGUUCUUGAGGUUUUUGUUUGAUGA